UCAGCUACAACGCUGGGAUCAGCGCGUGCGAGAAGGGCGAGCAGUGGCACUGGGCUCUGGCGCUGCUGAGCGAGAUGUGGAAGGCGAAGCUGGAGCCCAGCUCAGCUACAACGCUGGGAUCAGCGCGUGCGAGAAGGGCGAGCAGUGGCAGCGGGCCCUGGCGCUGCUGAGCGAGAUGCGGGAGGCGAAGCUGGAGCCCGACGUCAUAAGCUACAAUGUUGGGAUCAGCGUGUGUGCGAACGGUGGGCAGUGGCAAGAGGCGCUGAGCAUGCUCAGAACCAUGCGUUUGAGAAAGUUGGACGUUAACUUCAUGGUCUACGGAACUGCAGCGAGCAUGUGCGAGCAAGGCGGGCAAGGGAGCCAAGCGCUGUCUGUAUUCAAAGAGGUGCGUGACCUUGUUGCAGGGGAAUGAUACAAUACAUGUCGAGCACGAUCCAGUUGGUUCAGUUGCAACGCUGGGGCCAGCGCGUGGAGAUAGGCGAGCAAUGGCAGAUGGCUUUGGCGCUGCUGAGCGAGAUCCGGGAUGCUAAGCUGGAGCCCGAUCCCUAGUCAGCUACAGCGCUGGGAUAAGCGCGUGCGAGAAGGGCAGACAGUGGCAGCGGGCCCUGGCGCUGCUCAGCGAGAUGUGGGAGGCGAAGCUGGUGCCCAACAUCGUCAGCUGCAGCGCUGGAGUCCUGGCUUGCGAACGAUGCGGACAAGAUCGACAGGCGAUCUGGCUGCUCAAGGAGCCGUGGGAUGCAGAGCUUGAAUCCAACGUUGCUGGCUUCAGCGAUGCACUCGUUCUUGCGAUGCGUGGUCAAGUGCAGAGCAGGCUCAACUCUUACGCUGGGGUCAACGCGUGCGGGAAAGGGUAGCUAGCCGCAGCAGGCCUUCCAGGAAGACAGCUGCAACGCCAGGACCAGAGCGCGCGAGGAUGGCAGAAGCUGGCAUCCGGCUCCGUCGGUGCUCCUCGCGAGGGCGGGGGGGGAUGCGAAGCGUGAGCCGACCUCACCGGCGACAGCUCUGCAGCCAGGGAGUGCGAGAAGGCUGGGUGACUCCACAUGGAGGCCGUCCUCGGGAAGCUGCGUUCGGGAAAUGCCCAACAGGGGUCUCACCAGUGGCUAUGGACGUGUGGCCAGGCUGCGCGAGCAGGGCAGGCACUGACAGCAGGUGCUGGCAUUGCCUGGCGAGGUGCGACACCUCACCACGGAGGGAUUGUCCUGCUUUUCCUCCUCCUCUUUCUCCUCCUCCUCCGCCUCCUCCCCCU